GGCCGACGCCACCCCCGCGCUUCCUCCUCCGGGUCGCCACCCCCGUGGUCAGGGCAGCUCCGCUCCUGCUCCCCCCGGGGAUGUGCCACAGGUGUUCGGGCUCCGACCUCGCUCUGCUCUCGGCGGCCCUGAGAUGCCCCUGCCGGCGCCCGCCGCUGCCCCGGCCGCCGCCGCCUCCCCUGCCGCUACGGCUCCGCACGGCCCUUUGGCCGCGGCCACAGGAGCCAACGGUCGCCGGCCCGGGGCGGGGCCCCGGGGUCCCGAGGGCGAGGGGCUGGGCCCCUAUCCCGGGCACUGCCGCUGCAGCGGCCGCCCGGCCCGCGCCCAGAUCCCGGCCCGCGGCCCCCAAGGCGGCGGCCCGAGCCGCGGCCGGCGCGAACGCGCGUGGGCCGGGUCGCAGAGGGCGGGGCAGGACGGCGACGCCCCCGCUCCCGGCCCUCUCCUGCGGCCUCGCGGCGCCCCAACUGUCCCGAGGGCCCCGGCGGCCUCGCGCAGCCUCCCGCCAGGGGCCCGGCGUCCCGCGUCCCGGGCGUCAGGACGGGCGGGCGCCGCUGCGCAGGCGCAAGGCCCCUCCUUCACAGCUCGCUCUUCUGCCCGCCGCGCCGCGCGCACAGGACAGCGGGCAGCGGGAGAAGCCAGUGGCGGCGGCCGCAGUGGGCGGAGAGAGAGGGGAGCUGAGCUCUAGCGGGGGCCCCGUGGCCCAGCUCGGCGGCUGUGUGGCUUCUCGGUCCUCCUCUAGUGUCGGCAGCAUGUCGGACCAGGAGAGGAUCCAGGAGUGCCUGCGCAAGGAGAUCCGCUCGCUGCUCAUCUCCACCAAGGACGGGCUGACCCCGCAGCAGCUGGAGAGGGAGUACCUCUCGAUGGUGGGCAACCACCUGCCUCUCCGAAUCCUGGGCUACCGCUCCACCAUGGAGCUGGUCCUGGACAUGCCGGACGUGGUCAGCGUCUGCCCCUGCGGCGACGGCACCGUCAUCCUCAAAGCCAUUCCAGAUGAAACAACCAAAGGAAUAGCAAGUUUAGUGGCAAAACAAAGAAGUAGUAACAAGCUUCGAAAUUCCACACAGAAGGGAAGAGCAAAUGUUGGUUCUAGUUCUGGUUCUCGUCGGAGACUACCUUACCGGGGAAGGAUACCCCCCAUUCUUCCAGCUGUGGUAAAGAGUGAGCUAAAGGACCUCCUGGCUUUUUCUCCAAUACUCCUUUCUGAUUUUGAAAAGGCUUUUGCAAAGCGAUUUGGACGGUCAUUCCAAUACAUGCAAUAUGGAUUUCUUUCUAUGUUUGAAGUUCUGAGUGCAGCUUCAGAUAUCAUUGCUGUUGAGCAGACCAGGGCAGGUUCUUUGUUGACCUUAAAACGAAAUCUACCAAGUGAACAGAAGAGGGGGUUACCAGCAGGUAAAACACCACAAGUUGGAACAAAACAACCCAAAUCCUCCAUGCCAACACCUAUAGUAAGGACAUAUUUACCAGAACCUGCCUCAGCUACUGAAACACUGAAACAGCCACAUCCAGUAAAAACCACAGAAUUGAAUGGCAUGGAGACAUCAUGUUUGGACCAGUCUGAAAAAUUAAACCAGCUCGAAAAUACAUUCAAAUCAGUGAUUGCACAAAUUGGACCAGGAGGGACAAUCAAUUCAGAGCUAAAGAAGAAAAUAAAAUUUGUUGCAUCAAAAUUUCCACAGGGAUUGCUUAUUUCUAAAUUGCUUGGAGAAUUUGAGGCAGUUUUUAAAGAGCCACUUUCACCAAAGAGAUUGGGAUUUUUAAAUGUGGCAGAGCUUGUUGGAUCUCUUAGUGACAUUCUUCAUGUUGAGUUCAGGGAAGGUGAACAAGACUUACUGGUGUUUGAUGCAGAGAUGAAGCAUCUGACAACAGAUAAGAAAAUAGAAGACCAAGCCAGUAUGUCCAGUCCCCCUAGAAACUCCCUUUCAUCUCCGGAUAUUAAAGACACUUCCUGGAAUUACUCUGUAGAAAAGCAUAGAGAUAUAGAAGAGAAGGUCUGCAAGAAAUUCAACCUGAUCACAAAGCCUGUGCCCCUGCAUAUGGGAAUGAAACAAUCACAGCUCAACUUGGAGAUGUCUGGCUAUGAGAUACCACCAGAUGCUGUGCAGAACAGGAAACUCUGCAGCCUUCCUCCAUUAGACAGCAGCACCCUUGUCGGGGUCUUUGUAGAAUACAUCAUCUCUCCUAGUCAGUUUUAUAUUCGAAUCUAUAGCAGGGAUUCAUCUGAGUUAUUAGAAGACAUGAUGAUUGAAAUGAGGCGCUGCUAUUCCAAUCAGCUAGUAUCUGAUCGCUAUAUCAUGCCAGAAUCUUUUAUCCAACCUGGCCAUCUUUGUUGUGUAAGGAUUUCUGAGGAUAAAUGGUGGUACCGAGUCAUUAUUCACCGAGUUCUUGGGAAGCAAGAAGUUGAGGUGUUCUACCCUGAUUUUGGAAAUUUGGGAACUGUUCAAAAGUCUUCUCUGAGGUUUCUCAAGUGCUGCUAUAUCAAGCUUCCUGCUCAGGCCAUUCCUUGUUCCCUGGCUUGGGUGAGACCCAUAGAGGAGCAUUGGACGCCCCAAGCAAUUUUGCAAUUCCAGAAGCUGUGUGGCUUGAAGCCAUUGGUGGGAGUAGUGGAUGAGUAUGUUGAUGGAGUCCUCAACCUCUUUUUGUGUGAUACAUCCUCAAAUGAAGACAUCUAUUUUCAUCAUGUCCUGAGAGCAGAAGGCCAUGCCAUUGUCUGCCGAGAAAAUGUCCCAUCUAAGGGUUUCAGAGAGCUCAACCCCUUAGCCUUGUAUACAAAAUGCAGUCCAAGGCCUGAAGAACCUGGUUUGACAGAACUAGGUCUUCCUUCUCAUCAGCAUUAUUUUAAUGAGGACAGAGAAAUAACAAGCCCAGAAAAUGAAUUGAUACCUCUGAGAGGUGCUGGUGACCGCACAUCUAUCAGCUACUUGGAACCUGAAGCGGAGAUGCUCUUUCUAGGCUCAGACAUAGGUUCCCCAGAAGCCCAGGAUGAAGACUGCCAAGAAAGCCAAGAGCUCGAGUAUCCCAUUGAGAUGCCGUACCUUGAGUCCGUGUCUAUAGGUGAUGAUGUGUGGGACGAAAACUGGCUGCCUCUGCAGAGUGACAGAGAGAAGAGAAAUGGGAACGCCGCACUCCUGUUUACUUCAGGACGGAAGCAGUGUCAGCCGUGCCAAGAGUCACUGCAGAAGGAAUGGUGUUCUGCUGCUGAAGAACUGUGGAAUGCUGCAUGGCAGCAUUCUGAGUCAGAGAAUGAUAUGAAGAUUGAACUUAAAACAUCAGAAUUUCAGGAACAGGAUGCUCAGGAAACUAUCACUGACAUAGCCAAGAGCCACAAGGACAAUGACCUUUGGAUGGGAAAGGACAGAACAAAAAUGGCUAAUAGAGAAUUGAUACCCAAGAUAAGUAAGGAAAUUAUAAAACAGCGCCUAGCUGCCCUUGAUGAAUUCAAGACACCUGGCCGAAAUAAACUACAUUCUCAGCAACUAAAUCUAGAAGAUUCUUCAGAUUCUUCCACACUGUCCAAAUCAUUGGAAGAUUUCUACAUCUCUCUGAUCCAUUCUCAACAGUCAGCAGAAUUGAACCAUUCUGAGCCUGGUCGUGUUCAAACUCUGCCAAAGCAAAUUCAGCUUUCUACAGCAGCACUUACCUGUAAUUUACUUCCCACAGUGGUUGAUUCCCAGGAGAAGCACACUGGUUUAAAGGAAAUUGCUCCAGAAAAUAUGAAGAAUGAGGAUUUCUCUGGCAACCACGCCCUUACAAUGUUCAAAGACAGCACCUGUGCCCAGGGAUCCAUGGAACAGAUCUCUUUUAUACUCUCUCCCGAGCACAGUGUGUCCCAGAAGCUCUUCAUCCCUCGGAGCACAGCCACAGCAGCACUGGGAGCCGCCGCACGCCUGGCCAUGUCUAGUAGCCUUCUACAUUGGUAUCCCAGAUUGAGAAGAAUGGAAGCAUGAGGGGAGGGGAAGAGAAAAAAACAAACUAGAUGGGGUAGACAGGGUAAUAAGCCUUAAUAUUUUCCAUAUCCAAAAAGAAGCAAAAUGAUUUAAGAUAGUUGAUAUAUCUUGCCUUUUCCUUAUUGUGUGACUGUACGUUGGCUCUCUUAGGCAAACAGUCCACUUUGACUUAGAAAAUAGGCAGUUGAUGUUCUUUAUUUUUAAGUAGAGAUAGUGGUUCUUAUGCUGUAUGGUUAUGUUGAUCUUUUUUUUUUUUUUUUUAGCAGUGAUUCAAACUGAUGGUUGCUUAAUGGAAACCCUAUAAAUAUUUUUUUCUUUUUACAUGUCUGAUAAUUUAAUGAGAAAAAAUGAGUAAGGUUUUGUGAUCCAUGUUUAAGAAGAAAAUCUCUUCCUCCCAUAUAAGAAAUCUAAAAGUUUUUUUCCCCUUUGUUGAAUUUGAAUUUUUUUUUGGUGAAAAGAAGUGAUAAUUCAAAGGCUUUUACCCCUUACUCUGCCACUUUAUAUUUCAACUUUUUACGUUCUCAGUAAUAAAACCUAUAUUCCUUGGAGGCUUUAUUUUUGGCUUAGUUUAGCUCACUUUGAUUUUUAAAUUGAGGCAAUAUAUUUUGUAAUGUAGAGAAAUCUCCUGAAGAAUAGCUUAAUAGCCUAAAAUUUCAAUUGCCUUCUAUAGCUAUAGCCAGAAAUAUGUAAAGUUCCUAAGUGAUAACGGUUUUAGGAUUUAUAAAACAUGCACUCUACUAAGCCAACCAGAUUCUGUGACUUGCUUUUUGACAUGCCAUUUAGUUCAUAGAAAAAUGGUAUUUAUUGAAUAGAAAUUUUGAACUAAGUAAGCGAUGCUAGUUGACUUUUCGUGGUAAAAUAAUAUCCCAAAUUGAUAAUCAACUUAGCUGUUUUGAAUGGGAUUUUUUUCCUCCACAGUAGGUAACAGAAACUAUUCGAGAAAUGCAAGAAGGUUGAAGUAGCUUAAAUUACCUUGUUAGUUGCAAGGAAAAGCGCUAUUUACACCUUUUUACUUCAAAAGGAGAAAUUUAAGACACAGGUCAGUUAGGUUUAACUUUCCAUACCUUGGAGUGACUUUAAACCCCUUCCAUCAGUUUUAUCACUAAAUUUCUACCAAUGGAAGGAAUUACUUAUAUAAAUAUAUUCUAUAUAAAAAAGAUUAUUGUUCACCAAACCUUUCUUAAGAAUCACUUAGUAAUGAAAAAAAGGCAACCCAGGUACUUUGGAUGCUGAUAAGACAGUGGUUUAAAAUGUUGUAAAGUUUUGAAAAAAUAUUUUACUGUUAAAUACAGGGACAUUAUCAGGAUGAUGAUAUGCCUAAUUUUUUAAUGUAUUUUUUAAAAUUUUACUGGUAGUUGGCACAGCUGGCUAAACUAAAACAAACUAACAUUGUAAUUUUAGCAACCCGUUCGCUAGGAAACUUUGAUGAGUCAUAAACAAUAUGAGUCAGUGAUCAAUUAAUAGCAUCUAUGGUAUUGUGUGACUAUUUGGACAUUAUUUGAUGUGGGUGGGAGAAUUCCCAGUAUAUAAUGUAGGUUUCAGUAGUUUUCUGAAUGUAAUGAUAGGUUUCCAAGGGUUGAACAGCUUAAAGAAUGAUGAUCCUUAGAAUUUUCCAUGAGAAAAAAGAAACAAAUAAGGAAGAGUAUUCAUUAAUGUCCCCUUACCAACUCAAGUAUCUAAUUUCCUUAUCUGUGUUUUAAUGCUUUAUUCUUUGAUAGUAAAUUUUUCUCUGUAGAUAUAGGUCAUAAAGCAAAUGUUCACCUGCUAAAAUUACUGUCCUUUAAAUAAUACAACCAAAUUACCAGGAAAAGAUCUGCCAAAAUGUGAAGUUGUUUUUCUUAGUAAUAUACUUAGUUCUAACCCACACAGAAUAAACUUCACAACUGGGCAAAUUAGAUGAUGAAGAAAAUACAGAUGUUUAUGGACCUUUUGAUAACUAGUCAACUUGCCAUUAGCCAUUUGUAGAAAAUCAUUUAGGACCAUACAAAAUUAAUCAGUGUCAACAUACUUUGAAAGAAGACUUAACUUCUGAUUUAAGCAGAAUAAAUCAGGAAAGUCAAUCAUGAGAAGUUACCUGUGAGACAUGGACCUUGGUUUAACUUUAGAGAGCUGAAUCGAUUAUCCUUUCCAGAAGGAACUAUAAUGGUUACUUGAGCUAAUAAGCAGAACUAUUGACCCAACACUUGGAAGCUUUUAAAAGGAGGUAAUGGUCAAGGUUGUGCAUAUGAGCGUCUCUAAGAACGAAAUGUGGUUUUUGGUUUUGUUUUUCUUUUUUCUUGGGCUACACUGAUGCUUUUUUAGGAGUUAAUAUGAUCAAAUUUCUCAUGUCAGGAAUUAACAUAAUGGCAUCAACUAUACCAAAAACAAGGAUCCUCAACUUUUUUCUGGUAAGCAGCUACUGUUCUGAAGACCUAUGUUCUCUGGGGGACAUGAAGCAUAGUGUUUAUGAAGUGUGAUUCCAGACUGAUGGGUAAGGGACUACCAGGUAGCCCCAGGAGUCAAGGAGAGUAAUGCCAAAUAUGGCAGCAGUUUUAAACUCAUCAGUUUCCAGCUACUUUGCCCUUGAAAUACUCAUUCCCAAGGAAACCAGAAUAGCCUGGGAGCAUUUGAAAUCAUUGAUCUCACCACCUUUUCCUCUUGAGUUCAUGGUUCCUUCAAGCCAGUAUUUCAAAUAGCCAAAAGUUGCAGUUCAUCAUGAAUCUUUCGAGGGACAGCCCUGGUAAAAGAAAGAGAAGAGAAUAUGCUUAAGAAAGGCAUGUGUUUUUGAGUACUGACAAAUGAAAUAAUGGGACAGCUGUACAUAUGGGUAUUUUAUUCAGCUGAAAUGUUUACAAGAUUAUCAUGAGUCAGAAACCAAUGUCCAACAAAGGAAUCGCCACAAAAAUAUUUUACAUAGCAAUAUUUUUUCAAAAUUUUAAGACCUAUUUCUCUGGAGAUUAAAUUUUUUUUUGUCCAGUAAGUAGUAGGGGAAUUCUGUACCAUCAUGCCUCACUCCUAAAUUGAGAUAAGUAUUGCUCGUUUUCCAUGGCUCAUUCAGUCCUCAGCCUUUGUUGAGAAUGGCCACCUAGUGUGCAUAAUUUUUCAAUUUGUAAUUUAAGCUCAGCACCAUUCCUAAUGACUUAUAUACCAAUUAAUAUAUUCUGCCAGUAAUUAAGAAACCCUGUAAGCUUUCAUUGGAUGCAAAUAGAUGGAUCACUGGGAGAAGCUUUUCUAAAAUUCAGCUGAUUCGGUCCUAUAGACAGCUAAAACUUUAAGUCAGUAAUUUUCCUAGUACAGAGACUGAGAACUGAAUCAUGUACUAGUUCCUUUUAUGUAAAAUUGAAGUCUUGGCCAGAGACCAAAACAGAAUAUAUAGUACGUCUCUGGGAUUAAACCCAUAGCUUAAUUUUCUUGGUUGUCAGCAUAGUAAUAAAGCAAUGACAGCUUUCUGCUUGUGAGUAGCCUUUGUUUCAGGUUUUAGUAUUUGAGUGAGAAUAGGUGAUGGGGGAUUUUUAACUUGUGAAAAUGGGUUUUCUAGAAACAAUUUUACUUGAAUUCCAUUUUAUCUUGGCACAAUUUGGAUGAAGAAGCUGAAAGUUUCCUGAUUCAAGAACAGGUUAUGUCUUCACUUUUCCUUACACAAGAUUUAAAGGUUACUUUUUGAGGGGAAAUUAUGGGUGUUACAGAAAUUCAGGUAAUGUUAGUAUUAAAUCGGGAGAGUAGUGAAUGAAGAAGAUGCUGUACUUGGCAUCAGGAGACCUAGUUUCAAAUUCUGGCUCUGUUUACUGGGUGUGGGUUACUUGACUUCUCAGUUUCCUUUAUAAGUUGAGUUGAAGAAGCUCGACUAAAUGACCAGUUCAAAGUUCUUUAGAUUUCUGGAAUUUGUCAAUAGCAACUUGAUUGAUUUUAUUCCAAACCUCCUAAGUUUCACAAUCAGAAUAUCACAUCUAUUUUCUCAGGGUUUUUAAGUUAUUUUUUAUAAUUGGCUAGCGACCUACUAAUUCAGCAGGUGUGGCAAUUUUCUUUGGCUUUGUAAAAACAGAAUUUGCAUUGCACUAUAUAAGUAUUUUUCAGAUAAAUACCAGUAGCUCUCAUCUGCUUUUCAUUUUAAAAUUUAUUAUCCAUUUUAAAACACCAUGGUUAAUGACUAUUCCUUCCAAUGUCAUCUAAAAAUUAUUUGUGGAUAAAUGUUUUUGGAAAGGUUUGAAAGAUCUCAUUUUCUUAAUGCCUUGAACAAAUAGAACCUUUUACAGAUUUAACUUCAUUUAGAGCUGGAAGAAAUUGGAGAUUCCUUCUAGUCUGGUCUUUUCUUUCACGAUAAAGAACCUGAGGCCCAAAGAAGUGAAGUAAGUUGCCUGAAAUCAUAGGUUAGUAAGUAACAGUGGCAGGAGAAGGAUCCAAGGCCUCCAACUGCAGAUUCUGCACCUAUGGUUGCCUAAAAGUUUAUUCAGGACUUCCAUUUACACACCCACCUUAAAUCCCUGAUAACAUUUUCAGAGUCUUGUUAUUUGCAAAGUUUGCUUUGUUCAUUAGUUCACUUAGUAGUUCAGUGAAUGUGACUGUGAAAAAUUUGGUCAGCCUAUUUUUCACCUGAUUCUUGAAUGGGGUCAGCAUAUCUCAAAGCAAAAAGAAUUCCCUUUGUAAAAAUAUACUCAAUGUUUAAAAUCUCCCCUAAUUGCAUAUAUGUAGAUAAUAUCUAUUGGUUAAGACAUAAUGGUCCCUUUGUUCUAAUUUUUGUCAGUGAAGACUAUAGAAUCUUUCAGUGAUAGACCUUCAAAUGGCAAGGGAUUUGCUUACUUUAUAAUGUAUUUGCUUCCAUUACAAAGAUUUCCAACUUUGGUCAGACAAGUGGGCAAUGUAGUCUGGUGCCAAAAGUAACAAUAAUAUUGUUCUUGUCUUUAUCUGGGAGUGGAAGAACACUUACAAGAACAAACAAGAAAGAGAAGUGGACAGAUAAUUGUAGUUAAGUAGUAAUGUUCAUUAUUCUUCUGGUCAGAGGAGGAUCUAUUGAAAAUGGACAUAUAAUAAAAUGUUUCGUGUUAUUUAUAUAAUUCCUCCAUAUCUAAAUUUGAGUAAAAUUUUGAAAAUCAGAAAAAUAAUUCCCCCCAAACUUGUAGUUCUUUUUUACCCAUAUUCUUGGGCUUAGAUACAGUUUAGUAAACACACACACACAAAAAAAAAACUGGACCAAAAAGAAGU